AUGUGUUCCAGUUAUUUGAUAGCAGCGGCUGUAAUUGGAGGUGUUUUGAGUUUGAUUCAAAUCAUUCUCAGCAUUUACCAUAUGGUUACCAAAAGCGAAGGAACUCCGCUCUUUUAUUUGUUCAGCGAUUACUUGUUGUCGUAUCUGUUGUUAUCGAGCUCGUCGGCAGCGUUAGGAGCUGGGAUCGAUAUGAGAGCUAAUUUGAAGGAGCUGUUUGGAACGCUUUUCGACUCGUUUUUCGACCAGGGGAGUGGUGCAGCUGCUGUUCUUUUUAUUGCAUUCGUUUGCGCUGCUGUUGUCUCAAUUCUCUCUGCAUUGGCCCUCAUCAGGAAGCCUUGAAUCAGUGAUGGUUUCUUUGUCUGAUAAAUUAUGAUCAUUUUUAUUUACCUUUUGUAUGUGUGUAUCCUUUUCCAUUUUUAAUUUGUAAUAUGUGAUUUAGAUUAAUGAAUAU